CCAGUCUCCAACUGUCUGUACGGGUGCACGUGCAUUUCUCUGCCCGACCAGAUCGACAAUAAAUAUCCUGGUUGCUGGCAGCGCCCCCAUGCUGUCAUGGAAGGCUGCUGUUGGUGUUGGAUCCAACCAUGAACAUCGAGAGCCUUGGUUCUCCCAAAAUAUAUGUACCCUUCAGUCCCGGCCUGGACCAAAUCAACGGAAAUUCUUGUUGCCUGGCUUUGAAGUCGACCAAACCCUUCGCACUACUUAUCCUUCCAACCGAAAGCUACGAUGGAUUCCCAGCAAGUCAAACCCGCGGUAGUCUGUGUCUUCUGCGGCUCACAGGCCGGUAAAUCCCCAAGUCAUCUAGAAGCAGCCCGCAAACUUGCGCAAGAAUUCCACAAGCACAAUGUGCAGCUUGUCUACGGCGGCGGCACUGUUGGUAUCAUGGGAGAGCUCGCGAAAACCCUGGUAUCAUUAUCAGGCCCCAAAUCAGUCCAGGGCAUCAUCCCUCAAGCCUUGGUGGAGGUAGAAGAAGGCUACAAGGAUUCGGGUAGCAAGGAGGGGAAGUCUGCCGAGCGGAUCGUGGACCAGUCCGUCCAGGAGUCCAACUUCGGCAUGGUUACGGUCGUUCCCGACAUGCACACGCGCAAGAGAUUAAUGGCCCAGAAAGUCCUAGAGGGCGGUCCGGGGUCCGGUUUCGUCGCCCUGGCUGGAGGAUUCGGCACCAUGGAAGAACUCAUGGAGAUGACGACGUGGAACCAGCUUGGUAUUCACAAGGCGGGGAUCGUGUUACUGAAUAUCAACGGCUACUGGAAUGGACUGCUGCAAUGGAUCCAGACCUCCGUCCAAGAGGGCUUGGUGAGCGCUGAGAAUGCCCGGAUCGUGGCCGAGGCUACCAAAGUGGAGGAUGUUCUGAAGAUGUUGAAGGACUAUCAGAUCAGCAGUGACCGGAUGGCGUUGAACUGGGGCCAAGAAUAAUGGCCUGUCAUGAACAGUUGGUAUGCCAAUAUAUAGUCAUUAUGAUACAUGAAAGUUUUACGAUCACUUGUACUUCGUCUGUUUACGCCUGCAGCAUACUGUCAG